AAGAGACUUCAGUGAACUUUUCUGUGUUCUUCAUCUUACAAAGGGUUUUUAGGGGAAAUGAGAUUUGAGUGCAGUCUUACUUACCUUUAUAUUUAUUUAUUUAUUUAUUUAUUAAUUAUUUUAAAUAUUGCUAUGAAGGAUAUUCAAUGACGGAAUGUCUCUGCACUUAGAAAUGUAAACACUAACUAUAAGGAAUGUCUAUGUGAUACCGUGUGUGUAUAUAUAUAUGUAUAUAUCAUCCUAUUCUUGUGACAGCUUAUAUCGAUAGAGUGAUGGUGACGUAGUGGGCGGUCACGUGACUAACCCGGAAGUGCUAUUGGAUAUUUCGCUCUGUUGACAUCUCUGUUAUUAUGGCAGUUCAGGUUUUUAAUCAGCAUAAAAUUCCCAGCGCGUGUGCAUGGCAACCUCUCUCUCACAACCACAGCAUCCGGCACGAGAGGAGGACGCGGAGAAGGAGAAACUGCUGACCUCUGUGACCUUUGACCCCAGUCCCGUUGACCUCAGCGAUGGAGGUCACGGAAUCCGGCCCUCUCUGGACCUCCAGGGGUCGUCUCUGCAGAAAGAGGUGCAGGAGGAAGACUUGGCGGAGGAAGAGGCGCUGCGCAGGAAGCUGAAGUACUUCUUCAUGAGCCCGUGCGAUAAAUACCACGCCAAGGGCCGCAAACCCUACAAGCUGGUGCUGCAGCUGCUGAAGAUCAUCAUCGUCACCGUGCAGUUGGUGCUGUUUGGUUUGAGUAAUCAGAUGGUGGUGAUGUUUAAGGAUGAGAACACAGACUCGUUUAGGCAUCUCUUCCUGCAGGACUAUCAGGACGACACAGACGGGUUCGCCGUACACACACAGAGCGACGUCCAUCAACACAUCAACUACGCCAUAGAGCAGUAUCUGACUCUUCCUCAGAACGCAGUGGGCCGCUACGCCUACGUGUUGGGUUUGGGAGUGAACGACAGUGCCCUCUCUCUGUGUCAGCACUACUAUAAGAGGGGCAGCAUCGACCCGGUGAACGACACCUUCAUUAUCGACCCUCACGUCAUCAGGGACUGUAUAGGUGUGGAUCCUCCCACAGACCCUUCAGCUCCUCUCCCAGAACACUACAAGAACUUCACCCUCCAAUUCCACAAGCUGAUCAAUGUGACCAUCGAGUUCAAACUAAAGGCCAUAAAUAUCCAGACGAUCAUCAACAACGAGCUUCCCGACUGCUACACCUUCUCCGUCACAAUCCUCUUUGAUAACAGAGCCCACAGCGGGAAAGUGAAGAUCAGUCUGCAUAACCAGGCCGUGAUCAGAGUGUGCAGGGAUCCCAGUGUGUCUGGACACAAGGAGAACCACAUGCGGGUGGCAUUUGACGUGUUGGUGGCGGUAGUUUGUGGCCUCUCGCUGGCGCUGUGUGGACGAUCCAUACUCCGAGGAAUCAUACUGCAAAAUGAGUUUGUGCGCUACUUCAGGCAGUCUCUGAGCCGGAGUGUGUGUUGGGGAGACCGACUGGAGUUCAUUAACGGCUGGUAUUUACUCCUCAUCAUCAGCGACGUUCUCACCAUCAUCGCCUCCUUCAUCAAGAUCGGCAUUGAGACCAAGAACCUGGCGUCCUAUGACGUGUGUGGGAUCCUGAUGGGCACGUCGACGCUGCUGGUGUGGGUGGGAGUGAUCCGCUACCUCAGCUUCUUCCAGAAAUACAACAUCCUGAUCGUGACCCUGAGAGCUGCGUUUCCAAACGUCAUCCGCUUCUGCUGCUGUGCUGCUGCCAUCUAUAUGGGCUACUGCUUCUGUGGCUGGAUCGUCCUGGGACCCUACCACGCUAAAUUCCGUUCCCUGUCCACAGUGUCGGAGUGUCUGUUCUCGCUGAUAAACGGAGACGACAUGUUCGCGACGUUCUCGGAGGUGGAGCGCAGCAGCACGCUGGUGUGGGUCUUCAGUCAGCUUUACCUCUACACCUUCAUCUCGCUCUUCAUCUACAUGGUGCUGUCGCUCUUCAUCGCCCUCAUCACCGGCGCCUACGACACCAUCACCCAACAAGCUCACGAGGCUCCUCAUGUGUCAGAUCUGCACAUGUUCAUCGCUCAGUGCAUGGAUACGCCCACCUCGGGAAAGUUCCAGAGCCCAGACCCCCCAGAGUCCUGCUCACUGUUCUGCUGCUUUAACUAGACAGGGAAGAGUGUGUGUGUGUGUGUGUGUGUGUGUGUGUGUGUGUGUGUGUGUGGUGUUUUACUUCCUGUUUGUAAAUAUUUGGCUGCCGUUCUUAUAGAAGUGUAUUCACAGCUACUGUUUGGCAUGUCCGGUCUCUGGGUCGACGUGGGUGGAGCUUAAGUUCAUCAGCCAAUCACAGACCUGAUCAUAUGACAUGAGCACAAUAGUCGACCUCACAUCAGCUAGCUUAUUUGUUUGUAAAUAUUCAGCUGUCCUUCUUAUAAAACGUAACCCCCGGUUACUGAUUAGCGUGCUAGCCGCCCUGUUCACACAGUAAAUAUUAGCUAGGGCUGGAGAGAUAACCUUAACCUAAGCUAAGCUAGAUUAGUGUUGUGUUUAGACAGCUGGCUAGUUUAGCUAAUGAUGCCUGACUGUUAUAUUGUGACAUGAAUAUCGGUGUUUUAUGCGAAGCAGCACAGAUCAAACACCUCGCCCCACGGUCUGUGGUGUUUGUGAAUCUGGAACACAGCUGUCUGUGGUAGUUGUGAGGCCGGUGACGUUCCUCAGUAUGAUGGGGACGUGUAGACGUUUGGUCGGCAGUUAAACACAGUUAAAUGUUUUAGCCAUGCGGCGUUUUUUUCCUCUCAAUAAUUCACCGAGGAAAAUGUUGACUUUUAUUCUGACUUUUAUUCUGAAUGCUGACACUUAUUCUGUUUUCCGUGUCACUCUGAUGACAGAAGCUAAAUCGCAGUCUUACAGCUGGCUUGUGUUCAGUGUCCCAGUUCUAUUUACCCACUUCCCAGCUGCCUAGAAAGUUCUAUUUGAAAAUGCUAAUUAAGCUCCACCCCCUUUUGACUCCAAGACUAUAGUUACUAUAUAAAAAUCGUGUUCUGUGGCAAAACAUUAUCGCCCGUAUACACUUCACACCCACACUCGUACCUUUUAGCAACAUGUCGUAAUGUUUUUUUUUUUUUUUUUUUUACAUUUCAUUAUUGUUAAUUUAUUUACGGUAAUUGUGCUGAGCACUAAUCGCUCAACGAUUUCAUUCAUGAUGUUUUAUUGCGUUUAAUUUAUUUAUUGAACCGUACGUGUUCCAGGCACGUAACUGGACACGAACACGUUAUUCAGAACGAAACGGACGAUGUGGUUUUAAUCGGAUACGAACGCGGAUGUAAAUAGGAGGAGAGUUCGAGGUGUGCGUUGGGAUUGGGAUCCUGCGUGAGGAUGCGUCUUUUCUUCAUCCUUAGUAACCGCCUGGUCAGAGUCGCUGUGGUUGAAGUUGUUUAUAUUUUGGGAACUAAAAUGCACAAAAAAAAAAACCUAAUUUCACAAGUAGGUGCAAAGAAAACUUUGUAGGUAGGAUUAAAAACAAAAAAACAAACCAAAACAGCCCCGCCCACAUAUCUGUUUGAGACCGAUUAUGAACUGGAGUGAGGUAGCUGAGGAUGAGGGACUGUCAGAGCCAGAACUCACACAACAUGCUGACACUGCUGACAUUUAUACAUCCAGGUUUCACAGUGAAUUAAAUAAUUUAUUAUUAUUUUUUAAAACAGAUUUAGGCCACGCCUACUUCAGGUUUCAGUCUGGAUACGGAUACACAUAGUGGCAUUGUAUUAUAUUUAAUGGUCUGUGGGCAGCACAUGUUUCUUCACACACACAUAUCCAAUUCUGACCAUCACACAGAAAUCUCCGGUAGCCUUAUUCACAGCUGGCUCACCUCUCUGUUCAUUCCUGUCUUUCAUUUCAUCCCUGUGGUGUGUGUGUGUGUGAGAGAGAGAGAGAGAGAGAGGGGAAAAAAGAGCGUAGCCCGCAGCUUCACCAAGGCAUCAAUAUUUAUAUGCGAGAACCGAGAGUGUGUUUAAUGGAGCCGCAGUUGGAGUCUGGCUCCGCUGGCCUUUUCAUCCACGCCGUCCCUGCCGAGAGGGAGAAAGAGAGAGAAAGACAGGGAGUGACUCUGACCAGGGGAGGUUAUUAUCCACGGGGCCAUUCUCUCCCCCUUCUUUCUUUCUUUCUUUCUCAUUUCUGCUCUCUCUCUCUCUCUCUCUCUCUCUCGCGUCCAAGUCCGAGUGCGCCUGAGCUUCUCCGAUGCUGCAGAGAGUGGACUCGGAGGCCUUAAAGAUUUCGAGUGCGUCAGCUUGGCGUAAUGUACUGGAUUCAAUUCAAAAAGCACAUUAAGGGAGAUUAAUGAAAAGGACGUGUUGUGUGAAGGAGCAGCUCUCCCCGUGCAGGGUUUAGACGUUUCUCCUCACCCGAAUACGUCCCACUCGACUCGUCAGCUAACGAUCCGAUGCUUCGGAUCAGUAAACAAGCGACCUUUUCAAACGAGACCAAGCUAAAAAGUGUGUGGUGUUCCUCAGAAAUGUGUGUCUUUUUUUUAUUUAUUUAUUUUUUAUAAAGUUUUACAACACGUAAGGAACGAUGAUCGUCACUGCACGUCUAAAUCACGUUUCAGUAACCGCAACAACUGCAGGAAACGGAGGACUGCGUCUGUAUUAAACAUACGAAUCAACUUUAUCGUCUUAUGAAUCAGUUCUUUAAGCCUUUAACUUCAGGCCACGCCCCUUACCUGAAUCCGAUCCUAUGCCGCUGUGACUGUUUGAUUUGUUUGUUUUUGUUUCGCUUUUAAAGCUCUGUGGUGUCCUUUUCUUCAUGUUUAUCGACUGCACCCUGACGUACGAUGACUCGGGUGUUUAGCGUUUUAGACGUCCAGUUUGCACGAUGCGGAACUGCCCGCUUUCGACUUUAUUUCUCAGCUAUUUCUCUCGUGAGCCCUGAGUAGUUUCAGAUGUACGCCAGUUAUCGUGAAGCCAUUUUUAUUUCAAGUCAUACAGUAAGUAAAUAGAUUCCUGCUGUCGAGCGGGUUACUCCACAAACAUGGCUGCCACCUGCCUGUCAUUUCGCAGCACACGCUUGACCGUGUUCGCACCGAGCUCCUGAGCGGUGCCUGAAAUUAACUGGAUGUACAUUCAUGCUCUAUGUUUAUGUUCUAUGUUACUUGGCAACAACUAGCCACUAGGUGUGGGAUCUGCAAGUGGUGCUUGGCCCCCACAGAUCGCCUCUUGUGACACAAUUUUGUCAAAUUGCAAGCUUUUAGAUUGGAUAAAAAAAAAAAACAUUCAUUCAGACGUGUCCAAACUAGUGGGGAGUGGGGGGGGGAGUUGGGGGGGGAUUAAAUAACAUUAACUGUACUUGAAGUUAACCAUUUCCCUCUCGCAUUGUGUGAUCAGAGAUACUGUGUAGCGAGCGUCAUAACACUGCAGCUACGUCUUCAUCUCACAGAUCUCCAGCCCUGCUUUAUUUCCCCUCUGUUUUGAAGUGUAAAUUCCAGGCGCAGGUACAACAGGGGGUUUUUUUUGUUGUUUUUUUUCCUGAGGGAUGACGAGCCGUGUGGGGCUGUCGAGGCGAGCACACGUCUGUAUCUGCACACGGAGGAACGGAGAUGAAAGGAGGAAGGGAAAGUCGGAAAAAACAAAAGCUAGCAUGGAGGGCGACGUGAUACCCAAACCACACUAUCAGGUCUUCUAGCUGAUAUUCCGGAGGCGGAUCUAUUUCAGAAAAGGUUUUCCAGUUAGGUCCCUUGUUAUUAUCCCUGUUGAUGAAACCGAAAUGAAUUGCGUAGCCCGUGUGGGAGUUAUUGAGACACUCUUAAAAAGGGAUCGUCUCCUCUCUUUAGAAUGGAAUUCUCGCUGAUUUGUUUCAUGUCAUUUAUUCGGAUCUAUGUUUAAGUGUAUUGAAUUAUUUCUCCCCUUCUGUGUGCUUUCAUUCCUUUCCACAUUUUCCGAUGAGGAGUUUGAAAAGAACGCUGAAUCGGUUUGAGGUGUUCACGCUAAACCGUCGCUCUCGAUGCUCGGAUCCGUUACGUCGACUCUUGUGUUCUAUGUCUUUUAAAAAUAAAAUAAAAAAUGUAAAAAAAAAUAAACCUCGUGUCUUCUUUGUGCUGUGAAGGAGAGCGGACCAGACACACUGCUGAGUCAGAGUAAUUCACAUGAGCAGAGGACGGGUGUUUAGCGUCGGAUUAAUUCUUUUGUUUUGUCCUUGUUGUUUUUUUUAUUAUUUAAAAAAAAGAGAGAUAAUCCCUAAGCAAGUGGGCGAUUAAACACAACACAGCUGCACAGGAAGUCGUUCAGACGGAAGUGUUAAUUGCCAACGCGCUGCUUUGUGUCUCUGGCUGCUCUGAAAGCCACCAAUUUGGACGGGUCCUGAUGUUUGGACGAGGAGUGUAUAGGAGCAGACGCAGUGCGUUAGAGGGAGCACUGAAUCCCGGAUAAUCGAUAUAGCGCCUGAAGAGGAAAGGGCUGGAGGA